GAGCCAACAUGUAUGGAAGCCACGGGAAAGGAGACGACACUUGCCAUGAGAACCUAGAUAUCAGGAUCAGAAAGUGCACUGAUUACUUUGUGUAUCAACUGAAGCCGACACUCAGUGAUGGCACUGUGUAUUGUACAGCCGCAGACUCUGCACUCGGUGACCCGUGUGUAACCCACACCAUCCUGGAUCAGCCCUGGAGGAGCAUGGAUUGUUCCCGCACUAAGUGCUCUAAUGAAAAAUACAUGAAUGAUAAAAGCAGUACAGAAGGAUGGUACAGAUUUAAGAGCUCCGGUGGAUGGAGGAUCCCUGAGACGGCUGUUCCAGUGCAUCGCUGCUUUAGGCUCAGUCCAGGCUGGUUAAACGAUCCAGCAUCUGCAUCAACUCAGGAUCUCAUGGAAAAAGCAGCACCUGAACCCAGGGAGAGUUUGUGCAUGAUCCCGACACCAACUACAAGCACAGAUUCAGGGUCCACACCAACUCGUGAACAGAAGGGGACAGAACAUGAAACCGCUGAGAAUUUGGCCACAAUUCCAUCACCAGACACGGAGACUUCCACAAGGGAACAUCCCAAAGUAUCGACUGGAGAGCCCACCCAGGAACGGUCCUCUGUCCCAGCAGGGGACACAUCCUCAGACCCAGAGAUUUACACAGAGGAUCAGCUCAAAAGAUCAUCAACUGGAGACCCCACCCAGGAAUCAUCCUCUGUCCCAGCAGGAGACACCCCCUCAGAUCUGCAGAUUUCCAAAGGUGAAGAUCACAAAGGGUCACCAACUCCAGCACCCACCCAGGAUUCAUCCCCUGCCCCAAAGGGAGAGACUUGCUCAGUCAAGGGGCUCCCGACAGUGGAGGAAUGUGAGAAGAUGAUCCGCGAGGCCCAGGUGUUGUACAUUGGGCAGAACAACCAGGAAAUCUCCGAGGAGAUGAAGGAGCAUCUCCGUAAGGUGUUGAUGGAGCAGCUUCCCUGCAAGUACGUCCUGUCCAAUGCAAAAGGUGAACAGUGGAGAAAACACAAGAAGAGGGAAAGGAAUUGACGCAGAAGAUCCUGGAUUGUGCUCACCCA